AUGAACAGUUUGAAAACAUGGCCAUGGGCGUUAAACCAGCGUCAAGCAUACGAUGGCAAGGCUUUCCUGAAAAAUUCAGUCACCCACCUUAAGCAUCGAAUAUUGCAGGAACCUGCGCUUCAUGAGACAUAUGCCGAGAGCGGUUUCUUCUUUGGCAGUUGCUGCGAGCGCCUUGGAGCCAAUGAGUCCGAUGGCCCCAUGCUUGCAGAGGAACCUGAGCGUGUCCCCGUCGCCGCUUUCGCACGCGUGAUGCAGCACAGUGUUGCCGAGGUGGUCUCUGUGUGCGAGAUUGGCGCCGCGGCUCAGUAG